AUGGAUUACGACCGUGUUAGCAGUAGCCACCGUGGUAUAAGGGAACGCUCUCGCGGGGAUGUCGAAAGAGAUCUGGAAGACCUAGAGACGGGACUAGGGGUAUUGUGUGUCAAUGAAGAAACACUGCGCACCGAAGACGGAAACAGUGAGAGAACACAUCAAGCGAGAGGCGCGGACAUCUCGUCACCGUUUUUCCCAUAUACUCCACAUUUGGGGAUUUUUACUAUGCUGCGCGAGGAAAUUUACCAAGAAUUCACAAUUAUUCUUGCUAACUGCAUCGAUGGAACUGUCCAAAGAAGGCAACGUUACAAAGAUGACAUACAAUGA